CAAUCGAGUUAUGUUUGACAUCGGCUUCAGUGGACUGUGACUAUUUCAGUGGAAUUUAUUAAUAAAUUUAAGGAAGCAAAGAAGAAAGGAGUAUCUCUUUAUCACCAUCAAACAUGUACACAUUGAGAUCAUUCUUGUUUCUGGUUUGCUUCCUUUUCUCCAAGAGUAUCUGUCAAGACUACACCGUGACUCCCAUAACAACAAGUUCAGGACUUUACUAUGAAAAAAUUGGUGAAGUUUUACUGUCAAACAGUAAUUGGCAAUUCGUGACCUCAGUGGAUUACACAGGAUACCUUUUGUUUUAUAAAUAUUUGUUACAGCAAGCAAAGGAAAUAGAGACGUUUUGUGAGACGCUCCAGUCGCCUAUAUGCAGAGAAAGGUAUAACAGGAUACAAUCUAACUUGGACAAGAUUGAGGAAACGGAUGAAUCAAUGGCGAACUUUUUGGGAAUCACAACUGAAACUAGAAGAGUAAAACGUUUUUGGUCUGAAAUAGGUAGUUUUCUGUUAAACUUAGGUGGCGGAAUAGUAAAAUCAAUUUUUGCUGGGGGAUCUAGUAACGUUGACUUAUCCGCGUACAAUCGUGCUAUCAACAAUUUACAGAAUGGCCAACAGGAAUUAGAAAACCAAUUGCUUCUUCAAAGAACGGUUUUUACGAUAGACUCAGAGAAAAAAAACAAGGAAAUUGCCCAGCUGAACAAAAAUCAAGUUGACAUAAAAACCAAAAUCAUUUCUCUAGAGCAAUCAUUCCAAAUAGACAAGGACCAAAAGGAAAAAGAAAUAAAAGAGUUGAAGAAGACGCUUGACGAAAUAAACGUUAAAAUUAAAAAGCAGGAAGAAAAUCAAAAAAGGCUAGACGGAAAAGUGAGCGAGAUUGAAAAUAACCUCUUAGGUAUUCAUAACUCUAUAAAGGAAAUCAAAAGCGAUGUUGCAAACAACACAAAACGUAUUGAUAAACUCCAAGUGAUCAGCCAAUUAAAUAUAAUUUCUACCGAUUUUAUAUUGUUGAUGAAUCAGUUCCAAUCAGAACAACAAAUUUUGUUUGAAGUGAUAAAAACUGCAAAUGCCGGACAGCUGGACCCAUACAUACUAACUCCAUCCAAAUUAACAGAUAUGCUGAGAGACAUUCAAGAACACUUACCCGAAGGAACAAAAUUUCCUUACUAUCCUAACAUUAAAAAUGCCCAGAAACUAUACAACAUUAUCAAGCCUUCCGUUUAUUUAUUCGAUUACAAGGUAAUUUUUAUUCUUAAUAUACCUUUGGCGUACUCCAAAACGUUUAACUUGCACAAACUUACAAGUCUACCAGCAGUUGCUCAAGAUAACAAAUUUGUCUUUAUUCUACCGCAAGAACCUUUCUUGAUAAUAGACAAUAAUUAUCAAGAUUAUAUGUUAAUGUCGAAAGAUAAUUUUAAAUCGUUCUGUUCUGAUCUUGAAACAACUAAAUACAUAUGUCAACAAGUUGGGGAGGUAUUUCACUCCCAAUACAGCGAAGAAUGCGAAAUUAAUUUAUUUAAGUCGCCGAGGCAGAUACCGCAAACGUGCAACAAGAGAAUCAUGGCUUUAGACAAACCUAUGUUCAUUCAACUUCAACAAGAAAGAUCUUGGAUAUAUGCUGUUCCAACUGUUGAAAAUAUAAUUAUGUCUUGUGGCAACAAUAGAACUACGGUAAAUUUAAUAGGAACGGGGUUUAUUCACGUUAACGAACAAUGUCUAGUUUUUAUACAAAAUGGGAAAUCGUUAUCAUAUUUCACUACGUUUACAAAACCUGUGGAAUCGCAUUUUUCGCCCUCUGUUAAUCUCACCGACUUCAUCGAUAUUAGUCAGGUUGAUGGCAUUGAUACUCAGGGAGUGAAAACUAUACAAAACAUUUAUCCAUUUGACUUCAAGAAGCUAGAGGAUGUUAGUUACAAAAUUAUAGAGAGUAAGGCAAAUUUGAUUCCCCUAUAUUGCACGUUAUUUGUUUUGCUCCUUAUCGUAAGUGUGCUUAUAUAUUUAGUAUACAAAAAGAAAAUUACUUUAGAUAAACUGAGCAGUAUUUGGAGCAUAAGGAGGCAAAGAACUCCGACGCAGUCAGGAGGCAGCGCAGAUCCCGAAAAUAUAAAAAUGAAAAUUAAAGUGAAAAAUGCCGAUGAUCUUCAAAACGUAUCUAUUUACGGAAAAACAAGUGAUACUGAUCCGGAAUCGGAAUAUGUUACGGUCAAAUUUAAAGUAAAAAAAGAUGAGAAUGAACCUUCAGUCUCACAUAAGAAAAUCAUACAAAAUAAGUUAGAUUACCCACCAAAGAAUUUACCACCAAAAGUUAAUAAAAAGGAUCAGAAUGAAGCUUCGCUCUCACAUAAGAAAAUCGUACAAAAUAUGUUGGAUUACCCACCAAACAAUUUACCACCAAAAGUUAAUAAAGAGGAUCAGUAUCUGAAUGACUUACGAAAACUGAAACCAAAACAAGUAAACGAUAAAUAUUGAAUAAAUCGGAUUGUUUUUUUAUAGCUUUAUUUGCAGUUGACAUAGAUGUUUACUUUUAAUGUUUGUAUAUAAU